CUUCGAAAACGCAAAAAGCAUAUCGUUAAAAAUCAUACUCGCUUUGUUAUGCAAAUACCGCGUGGGCUCCCGCGAACAAAAGAGGGCCCUGAAUAGAAUGCCGCAAGGGAGAAGAGAAUUUAUGUCAAUGCAAGAUCGAGGACAGUCCUGUUGAUAAAAGGUCGCAAAGCGAGGCUUGUAUUUGAAUUGAUUGAGGCGGAGUUAAACAGCUGCUUUGCAGUGGGCUGCGUCUCAGAUGCGAAUUUGCUGACAUGAUUUAAGGAUGAAGCGCGGUACUAUUCAACUUAUAUGCAACUUAAGGAGGUUAGCAGCAGAACCAAAGAACAUUUUUAUCAAUUUGAACUAAACUACGAUAAUCAAGACGCAUUCAAAGCUUGUCUUCAGUAACCUGGCAUGGCUCUUUCCGAACACGCAGAACCUCGUCGCCAUUCAGAGUGUGAACUGGAACAAGACACGAUUUCACUAGCUUCACUAUCAGAUGCGACAGUGCAACAAUCGCUAAGUGGAACUUUUCCUCCAUUGCUUGCAAUCAGAAAUAGCACAGAUACGUCAAUAGCAACUAAAGGCAAAGUUGAUAUUGAGUAUGAAAACAUCUAUGAUAGCAAGCUCAAGGAUCACAAAGUCACUAAAAUGAGGAGAAAAUCCAGAACUAUCUAUAACAGUUUUCAGCUGCAGGAACUCAACACAAGAUUUGCCAAAACUCAGUACUUGGCGCUUCCUGACAGAGCAGAACUUGCUGCUAAGCUGGGGCUGUCUCAAACGCAAAUAAAAAUUUGGUUUCAGAAUAAAAGAUCAAAGCUAAAGAAGACCUUAAAACUAUAUGGAGGUCAACGGUUUGACGUAUCACAAGAUUCUUGCCCCGAAUCGCCAUAUAACGGAGGACAUUCUAGUCUCUCUCACGUGUCAAGGCUUGGAGAUCCUUACGAAUCAAGGAUGGCCUGCUCUUAUGGUCCCGUAGGUCCGUACGUUGAUUACUCUGAAGAAAUUCCAUUCUUUUGCUAUCCUCAACGACCAUCUUACUUCCAAACCGCAAAGCCAAGCAUCAGUUCCAAGAUGAGCCACAACCCAGGUUCAAAACUAGCAUUUAAUCACACUAUAAAGCCAGAGCAAAAGAUCACACAAAGUUGCUCACCUAAAAGCGAAGCAAAGUCCUAUCCGCUUCGCCACCCAGAUCCGUUACCAGCAAGCUAUCUUAGUCCCAACUAUAGCCACCUAGAGCAUGGGUUUUAUCGAGACUACAAUGCCACUAGCCAUGCAUAUGGAGCACCAGCAUCCCAUUUACAAGUUAACCUUGGACAAUGGUCUAUGUACCCUACUGCUGAAAGCUAGAAACAAAUAUGUCAAUUAACCUUCAACUAGGGGGACAUGGGUGUUUUAUUCUAAUCUAUUUGUUAACAUGUACAGGCAAUAUUAAACAGGAUGAUACUUAUCUUGUAACAAUUUCCACUUGGGAACGAGGUCCUCAAGAUUUUUGAGCAGAAGAUAUCAUGAUGUAUAGACAUUUUAAUAGGUUCAUUGAAGAAAAACGAUGUUUAAACUAUGGUUAUUCAAAGUAAUUCUUUUAAUUAAAUAAAAAGCAAGAUAACAAAUUGUAGUAACAUUUUAGCAGUAAAUAGUAACAAAUUUAACAAUCAAACCAUUCAAAUUUUAUGAUCGAAUGCUCUUUCAAAGAAUCAUAUCAAUCUCUCAGACGUUAGGAUAAUAGGCGCCUUGAUUUUGCUGCGUACAGCAAAUUUUGAGCAAAAUACUUCCAACAUGUUUUUCAAAGAUACUAUCUUUAUUCAUUUACUGUGCUCUUAUUCUCUCUUGCUAGAACUUUGAUCUAAAACUUAAAUGUUAAAGAUUUGGGCAAAGAAAAGUAUUUUUAGUUUGAAUGCAAUAAUUUCGGUUCAAGUCCUUGGCAGAUUUUCUAUAUUCAAGCUGCCUCUAUCCAUAAAAUGUUUAAAUGUUUGCUUUUAUCGUGCAGAGGCUUUCUGGAAUUCUUUCUCUGAUUCAUUAUACGUACUUGUAAAUAACAUAAUGAAUAGAACACAGAAUACAAAAUAUGAAGGUUUUAUGGAGAAAACGUUAAGUAUAUCAAUAUAAAAAAUUAUCAAAUGAUAUAAUGCAGCAAUUUUUUUGCGAAAACUUAAUCAAAGUUUUAAAAGGUAAAGUCUCAAGGAAUAAAAUGUGAACCUUGCUCUUUUGUAUAACGACUUACCAUUUUAUUCGAAACUUUGGAAUUUCCUUUCCACAUUUUUGCAAUGUUAUAUUUUGCGAUCGAAGUAUAGGUAGCAGUUAUUUAACCAAAUCAUAAAAAAUUAGGUUUCAGAAUAAUGCUGAUUGUAAUAGAAUCGU